UGCGUCACAGGACGCGCAAAGAGGGGAGGAGAACCGGGGGCAGACAGAGCAGCGGCUCCUCUAGAGGCAGCAGGACCACCGAUUGUUCUCACGCAGACAAGGCCUGAAACGAUUGAUUUCUGAGCAGUGCUGACAACCACAUCCAAACAUGGAGUUCAGAGGCACAAUAUCAGACGCUCCGGACUUUGAUCCAACUGCUGAUGCUGAGACUCUUUACAACGCCAUGAAAGGCCUCGGCAGCGACAAAGAAACCAUCCUGGACCUGAUCACCUCUCGAAGCAACGCUCAGAGGCAGGAAGUCAUUUCAGCUUACAAAUGCAGUUUUGGACAGGAUCUGAUUGAAGAUCUGAAAUAUGAGCUCACGGGGAAAUUUGAGCGUCUCAUCGUGAGCCUGAUGAGAACCCCGGCUUACCACGAUGCCAAGGAGAUCCACGAUGCAGUCAAAGGAAUGGGAACAAAUGAGAGAUGUCUGAUUGAGAUCCUGGCAUCUAGAAACAACCAACAGAUCCACGACAUGGUUGCAGCUUACAAGGAUGCCUACGACAGGGACAUAGAGGACGAUAUUACAGCGGACACCUCAGGUCACUUUAAGAAGAUGCUCAUUGUUCUGCUUCAGGGGACCAGAGAUGAGUCCGGGGUGGUCGAUGCGGACUUGGUGCAGCAGGACGCACAAGCCCUGUAUGCAGCAGGGGAGGAACAGUGGGGGACGGACGAGGCCAAAUUCAUCUUGAUCCUGGGAAACCGCAGCGUGACGCACCUCCGUAUGGUAUUUGAUGAAUAUGAGAAGAUUGCGGAGGUGUCCAUCGAGGACAGCAUAAAGAGUGAGCUGUCUGGAGACUUUGAGAGGCUGAUGCUGGCUGUAGUGCAUUGCAUCAGGAGCGUUCCCAUGUUCUUUGCCAAGCGCCUCUACAAGUCCAUGAAGGGUCUUGGCACAGCUGACAACACUCUGAUCCGGAUCAUGAUUUCUCGCUCUGAAAUCGACAUGUUGGACAUCCGAGAGUGCUUCCGUCUCCUGUACGAGAAGUCGCUCUACAACAUGAUCAAGGAUGACACAUCAGGAGAUUAUAAGAGGACUCUGCUCCAUCUGUGCGGAGGAGACGAUGACUUAGCUGGAGAGUUCUUCCCUGAAGCGGCUCAGAUAGCCUACAAGAUGUGGGAGUUAAGUGCCAUGACCAAAGUUCAGUUCAGGCCCACAGUUCGUCCUGCUUCUGGUUUUGACCCUGCAGCCGACGCACAAGCUCUAAGAAAAGCUAUGAAGGGGUUUGGAACAGAUGAAGAUGCCAUCAUUGAAAUCGUUGCAAACAGAAGCAACGCCCAGAGGCAGGAGAUCCGACAGGCCUUCAAGUCGCAGCUGGGGAGGGAUCUGAUGAAGGACCUGAAGUCUGAGCUGUCCAGGAACUUGGAGAGGCUGAUUAUUGGGCUCAUGUUGACCCCAGCUGAGUUUGAUGCCAAAAUGAUGAGGAAGGCAAUGGAGGGUGCAGGGACAGAUGAGCACGCUCUGAUUGAGAUCCUGGUUUCCAGGAGCAACGAGCAGAUCCAAGCCGUGAACGCAGCCUAUCAGGACGCCUAUAAGAAGACUCUGGAGGAAGCUCUGCAGUCAGACACAUCGGGCCACUUCUGCCGCAUCCUGGUUUCCCUCGUGCAGGGUGCCAGAGAGGAGGGCCCUGCAGAUGUGGAAAGAGCCUGCGAAGAUGCUCAGGAACUGGCGGACGCGUGCAACGCAGACUCUGACGACAUGGAGAUGAAGUUUAUGAGUAUUCUGUGCACCAGGAGCUUCCCCCAUCUCAGGAAAGUGUUCCAGGAGUUCGUCAGAUGCUCCAACAAGGACAUUGAACAGAUUAUCAAGAAGCACAUGUCGGGAGACGUGAAAAAUGCCUUUUAUGCAAUAGUUCGCAGCGUGAAGAACCAGCCGUCUUAUUUUGCAGACCGUCUCUAUAAAGCUAUGAAGGGUCUCGGUACAGACGACAGGGCGCUGAUCCGCAUCAUGGUGACCCGGAGUGAAAUCGAUCUUUUCAACAUCCGUAAAGAGUUUAAGGAAACGCACGACGCCUCCCUCCAUGAAUUCAUCCAGGUAGAGACUGCGAUUAGCGACACCUCAGGAGACUACCGUAAAACCCUGCUGAUUCUCUGCGGAGGGGAAGAUUAAACCUCUGGCUUCAGUGACCACAAAAUCAAGCCCGCUCACGGAGUCAAAGCAGGUGUGGUUCAACCCCCCCAGCCAAAUGAAGCGACCCCCUGUAUGAUGACCUCUCAGCACCAUGAGCCAGCUUUCUGCUUUCAGAUUUACUUUCCCUGUCUGGCGAUAGGAUGCGUGUCUUUUUUACCGUGUCACAUGUAAAAUGAAGUUUUUCUCGUAGCACAGAAAUAUGCUUCACAUGUACAUUAGCAGGUGUUAAAGCAGUGCCUUUACAUCAUCACCCGCCCAGAGAGUAGGCCUAUUGUGAUAUUAAAAUAU